GUUCCAGGUGUUCAUCUACCUUUGUACUUCGAUUUUCAAGCCACUACACCUAUUGAUCCUCGCGUCUUGGAUGAGAUGCUACCCUACAUGUUAAGCUCCUUCGGUAACCCACAUUCUCGUACGCAUAUGUAUGGCUGGGAGACGGAAAAAGCUGUCGAGACUGCUAGGAGUGAAGUCGCAGACCUGAUAAACGCCGACCCGAAAGAAAUAAUUUUUACUAGUGGAGCUACGGAAUCCAAUAACCUCUGCAUCAAAGGUGUCUCCCGCUUCUACGCGUCAAAGAAGCGUCAUAUUAUCGUCUCCCAAAUCGAGCAUAAAUGCGUCCUAGAUUCCUGUCGCGUUAUGGAAAAUGAAGGUUUUCAGAUUACCUACUUACCUGUUCAAUCCAAUGGAAUCGUUUUGCCAGAAGACGUUGAACGAGCUAUCCGCCCUGAUACUUCUCUCGUUAGCAUAAUGGCAGUUAAUAACGAGAUCGGGGUUGUUCAGCCUAUUGAAGACAUCGCUAGUAUAUGUCGCGCCAAAAAGGUCUUCUUCCAUACCGAUGGUGCUCAAGCUGUGGGCAAAAUUCGUAUGGAUGUCAAUAAAAUGAAUAUUGAUCUUAUGUCCAUCAGUGGGCACAAAAUUUACGGACCAAUGGGGGUAGGUGCACUAUACGUGCGGCGUCGGCCGCGUGUUCGGUUAGAGCCGAUGAUAAGUGGGGGUGGCCAGGAGCGUGGUCUGCGUUCGGGCACCCUGCCAACUCCGCUUGUUGUCGGUCUAGGUGCUGCCUGUCGUGUUGCCAAAGUGGAGAUGCAGAACGACAUGGAGCAUACGCGGAAAUUGUAUGAUCGCCUUUUCAAAGGUAUCACUUCACAACUAGAGGCGGUUAUUCUUAAUGGAGACCCAGAGCGGCGCUACUACGGAUGCUGCAACCUUAGCUUUGCCUUUGUGGAGGGUGAGAGCCUCCUCAUGGCACUCAAAAAUGUCGCCCUCUCCUCUGGCAGUGCUUGCACUUCGGCUUCCCUGGAACCCUCCUACGUCUUGCGAGCCAUUGGGACAGAUGAGGAUCUGGCCCACUCUAGCAUUCGUUUUGGUCUCGGACGCUUCACUACUGAAGAGGAGGUCGAUUACACCGUCCAGGAAGUGGUUAACCACGUUAACCGUCUCAGGAAAAUGAGUCCUCUGUGGGAGAUGUAUCAGGAGGGAGUGGAUUUGAAGACCAUCAAAUGGUCGCAACACUAA